CUUGACGUCACGCGCGCGCCGCAACUUCUCCCAGAGCCUCUGAGGCGCGCUCUGCAGAGUCUUCUGGCGGUAACUGCUACUGAACGCGGCCUGCUCUCUGCCGACCGGUGACAUGCUGCAGAAGCCGAGGGGCCGCGGCCGGCCCAGCACGCAGGCUGAUCAGGAGCGGGACUGGGGAGGCGCUGGCGAGGAAGUACCCAGCACGUCCCGCGGCACGGGCGGCACCUCUCAGAGCUCCCGCGCUUCCCUGUCGGCCCCCACCGUGGGGCCGCGCACCCAGAAGCAGCUGGAGCUGAAGGUUGCCGAGCUGGUGCAGUUCCUGCUGAUCAAGGACCAGAAGAAGAUCCCGAUCAAGCGUACGGACAUCCUGAAGCACGUGGUGGGCGACUACCGGGACGUGUACCCCAACCUUAUGAAGCUGGCCGCCGAGCGCCUGCAGUACGUGUUCGGGUACAAGCUGGUGGAGCUGGAGCCCAAGAGCCACACCUACAUCCUCAUCAACAUGCUGGAGCCGGUGGAGGAGGAUGCUGAGGUGAGGGGCGAUCAGGGUACCCCCACCUCGGGCCUGCUUAUGAUAGUCCUGGGGCUUAUCUUCAUGAAAGGCAACACCAUCACUGAGACUGAGGUCUGGGACUUCCUGCGGCGACUCGGAGUGUACCCCACUAAGAAGCAUUUAAUUUUCGGCGACCCAAAGAAACUCAUUACCGAAGACUUUGUGCGGCAGCGCUACUUGGAGUACCGGCGGAUACCCCACACCGAUCCUGUGGACUAUGAAUUACAGUGGGGCCCGCGAACCAACCUGGAAACCAGCAAGAUGAAAGUUCUUAAGUUUGUGGCCAAAGUCCAUAAUCAGGACCCCAAAGACUGGCCUGCACAAUACUGCGAGGCUUUGGCGGAUGAGGAGAGUAGGGCUAGACCUGCAGCUGCUAGUGGCCCAGCCACAUCCUCUUGAACUAUUGAGUUGCAGUCUGAGGGACUCGGGAGAUCCAGUAUAAAAGAACCAGGGGAAAGGGGUUCGGAGGAAGCUUGAUUCUGCUAGGCAUAAAUGUCUUGGAGCGUUAGGAUGUGUUGGAGGGGUUUUUUCUUUGGUUGUUUUUAUUAUAGUUUGGAGCUCUAAAUUUUCAUUGCUAAAGAGAUGGAAGAAAUUUUUCAUUUAAUUGUCUAUUGUUUAUAAAGAGUUUUCUAGCUUUCUAAACCUAACUGGGAAAUUGUAGUACAAUGUCAAACAUAUUCAAAUUUACUUGGGUAAAUUGCUUUGAUGUUCUAGACGACAAAGAAACAGGGUAGCUAUUAUUUUAAUGACUAGUUCAUGGGGAAAAAUAAAAGUCUUUUUAAAAUUGAAAAUAAAAUUGUCUUAGCUUCUUAUCACAGCUUUAAAAAUACAUAUUCUGUAUGAGUGUGAGCGAUUGUAGUUUCAAGAAAU